GGUCUGUUUUGCGAAUCUUCCCAGUAAAAGCAAUUUCUCAUAUUUAUGGCAGUUGGUGGACAGCAAAAUAAAUUGACGUCAUCUCCAGGCGCUUCGCAUACUUCGUUCAAAACGUUUGGCGGUAAGCGGUGUAGAACAACUUGGUGCACAUUUUACAGAAGAAUCUAGAACUGGAUCAUCUAAUAAGGUGGUGUGAAGCAAUGUCUCCCUUCAAGUUUGUCAUUAAGUGUGGGAACUUUGCUGUGCUGGUGGAUCUACAUGUUUUGCCCCUGGGGAGCCCCGAGUCCACCAGCUGGUUUACCACAGACCAAGUUGAGGAGGUUGCAUCCCUUGUUCGCGACCCAGUGGACCAGAGGGUUAAGCAAUAUGAAGAGGUUCUGCAUGUUAGAAGACGAGCUAAACAGAAGAAGGAGUUGGUCCCUGCUUCGGCCUUCUUUGUGAGAGGGGGAAACUUCAACCUUGUGGCAAAUUUCCUGAGGCGGCACUCCUAUCUCAGAUGUGUUGUCGAGCAGGAUUUGCGUUUGUUUCCUGAGCGAUAUGUCGUGUGUGUGAGCUGCCCAGAAGAUGCCUCGGUGCACCAUGGAAACCCGAGCCUGGCCGCGACUGAGCUGAGUGAGCAAACCAGAUCAGAAUAUUUUUCCAGUGUGGGAGAAACCCGAGAGCUUUUACACAGCCCGAGAAAAACAAAGAAGUCUGUGCUUCAAACGAUAGCCAAACAAGCCUGUGUCCAUCAAGAGAUCUGUGGUUCCACGACUGAGAUGCAGCCGAUGGAGUGGAGUGGCUUUCCCAAAAAACAAGGACUUGAAGGUAAAGCUGAGGAGGCAGAAUUGAGGCCAGAGACCGUGCCCAGGUCUGAACUGAACGCACCGCUGGAGGCAAACCACAAGGUGCCUUGCAGCGAUGCCGUAAUUGAACUUGAGGCUGAGGUACGGUCUUCUCAAAGGCAGAAACACGAGGCAGAGAGUGAAAUAACACAGAAGACCAGCAAGAGGUGCGAGCCCAGGGAAGAUCCUGGCUCGCAGCUGGCCAAGAAAACGUGCCUUGGAAGCUGUUCAGCCCCAGCGCAAAUCCACUCCACCUCGCAAACACCCAACCAUAACCUCCCUCUCCUGCUGCCACUUCCUCCAGUCGGAGCGAUGGCAAACUCCAAGGCUUUCCCUGUCUCCGAGUGCAAGAAAACCACACUGGAAGUAGAGCUGCUUACUCCAGGGAAACAGGCCCAGAGGCUCCUCCUCGCAAGCAAUAACACAGCAAAGACAAACCAAAACAGGCCAGCCGCAAGUCUGAGGGGCCUAUCUGUCAAGCCCGCAUCUUCGGGCUCCUCUAUUGGUUCCAGAUCCGCUUUCAGAGAGGAGGGGAGUGAAAACGUGCCCAGAACCUCGAGAUUACGACGAACGAAGAGGUCCUGAGAGGGAGAGGAAAGCUGAAGUAAAGAUCCCUGACGCCAAGGAGAUACAGAUUUUAUUCUGUUGGGCUGCAAGCUUGCAGCUCAUGUGGUCUCUUUAGUCGGCUUUACUUGUUAUUCUUAACAUGUUGUUCUUGUGACUCGCAUCAAAUGCUAACUGCUUUGUGUCAGUUCAGACUUGAGUGUUAUAGUUUUCUCUUGACAAAUACCCAAAACAGGCCGGUGCCUCUCCCAUUUUUAGUAGCGGCGAUCCAGAGAUUUCUGCAAAUGGAAGUAGAAAACCUUUAUUAGAGAAUAGAUUUUGGUUUUAUGUUAAAGAUCAGGGAUUUGAGACAGGCAGGAGCCGUGCAGUACGUCAUGGCUUUCAGUCUGAAGCGCUGGCUCCUACGCGUCUGAAAAGUGUCCAGUAUCCCCGCUGAAGCUCUGAUGUGAUUGAUGGCAGUUUCCAGACUUAUUUCAUCGCCUCAUUCUUAUUUUGGUUUGACUUCAGUCACUUACAUUUAACCUCCUGAGCAACUGAAGGCGGUACAUUGUAAAAGUAUUCACACCCCUUGAGCUUUUUCACAUUUUUUUAUGAUGUGUUUUGUCGGGAUUUUAUAUGAUAGACCAACAUAAAGUAAGACUGUGAAGUUACAGGAUAGCAGUAUUUUUUUUUCCUUUUUGCUAAAACAAUAAAAAAAAAUCUGAAAAGUUUGUUGCCCUUUUGUAUUUGGACCCCUUUGUUCUCUAAAUGAAACUCGGUGCAACCGCCUUCAGAAGUUCUCAAAGUAGCAAAAAGUUACCUGUGUGUAACUCAGGCUCAGUGACACAAAGGUAACUGAGCCUGCUCAGUCAGAUUAAGUGGAAAGCAUCUGUGAUGUCAGAGAUCUCAACAUUUAGGUCUAGACUUUGACUGGUCCAUUCUAAUGCAUAGAUCUGUUUUGAUUGAAGCCGUUCUAAAUCUCCUCCUAGAUGUUUAGCUGGUUGUCCUUUACCCUGGUCUCAAGUUUUUUUGCAGCCUCCAUCAGGUUUUUCUGAGUGAACUUCAACCUACCAAGUCUUGGUAGGUUUUCAUUUUCAAAACUGCAAAAUUUUGAAAGCACCGAUCGGCACAAAUUUCCUUAAUUUUGGAAUUUCGGUUAUCGGCCAGUACUUGCAUGAGACGACAAUCUUAUCCCCUGAUCUGAUCUACCUCAUCAAAGGUCUAAAAAAAUCAACCACUGUACGCUUCUGCUUUCCCGUGAGAGAGGUUUGACUGAUAGACUUUUCUGCUAUAUUUAGCAGACACAAAUGGUACUUGCCAAAAUCAAAAUCGGCAGGCCAGGCUUUUUAAAGAUUGAUAAUCAUCGGUGCAGCUUUACUUAGGAUAUUUUAUAACCUAAAACCUGCUGUAAACGUCUCCCUGACCUGGCAUCCGUGCUCCUUGGUCUUCAUGAUGCUGGUUGCUCUCUAACAAACUUCUGAGCCCUUCACAGAACAGCUGGAUUUAUAUUGAAGUUAUAUUACACACAGCUGUACUUAAUUAGGUGACUUACACUCCACUUAAUUCAGGGGUAUUCGAGUUCAUGGGGACCUUUUUCAAACUUGCAGAUUUUUAGUCAUUAAUGAAUCAUCCUUUUCCUUUUUUUCCCCCAUAAUUAUGCUCCACUUUCCCUUGGUCUAUCCCAGGGGUCAGCAAAUUUACAACCUUCUAAAACAGCCAUGUCUGUUUUAGAUUCAGCUAAACAAAAUUUGCUUAAAGCCGCAUAAGAUUCAGCAUUAAACAAAUUUUCUUGUUGGAUUUUUGUUUUAAUUAAAUAAAAC